AUGGUCACAGGGGGUCCAAGGCCUCUCUCCACAUACCGGAGCAGGGUCACCGAGGACAGUGCUGCCUCUGGACCCAAGGUGCCAGGCACCCCUAGUCCAUUCCUUGCUGCAACCCUGAUCCUCAUCGCUGAGUCACCCUUUAAUGAGCCCACCGAGCCCACCGGCGACCCCAUGACGCACAAGCCGGGCGUCCUGGCGCCCCUGCUGGGCCUGGGCCUGGUGCUGGCCCUGAGCCUGUCCGGGUCGGGGGCCGAGGAUUGCGGGUCCCUGGGCCCAGCCGAACACCUGGCAUUCACUCCCGCUGCUAAGGCCCGGUGGCUGGCCCCUCGAGUCCGGGCCCCAGGGCCCCUGGACCCCCUCUACAGCACUGUGCGCAGCUUUCUCUCCGUGGUGCAGCUCAACCCCUUCCCCUCCGAGCUGGUGAAGUCCCUGCUGAAUGAGCCAUCCUCUGUGAAGGUGGAUGAGGUGGUGCGGUACCAGGCGGGCUACGUGGUGUGCGCGGUGAUCGCCGGCCUCUACCUCCUGAUGGUGCCUACUGCUGGCCUCUGUUUCUGUUGCUGCCGCCGGCGCCGGCGCUGUGGGGGCCGACUGAAGACGGAACACAAGGCCAUGGCCUGUGAGCGCGGCACCCUCAUGACGUUCCUGCUGCUGACCACACUCGUGCUGCUGAUCGGCAUGGUCUGUGCCUUUGUCACCAACCAGCGUGUGCACAAGCAGAUGGGUCCCAGUGCCGAGGCUGUGCCUGAGACUCUACUUAGCCUGCGCGGCCUGGUCUCUGAUGUCCCCCAGGAGCUGCAGGCCGUGGCACAGCAGUUCUCUCUUCCCCAGAGGCAAGUCUUGGAGGAACUGGAUGGUGUCGGCCUGAGCAUCGGAAGUGCAAUCCAUGCCCAGCUUGGGAGCACUGUGUACCAGGCUCUGGCGGCCGUGCUCAGCUUGGGCCAGGCCCUGCAGAUCUCUGCAGACCACCUCCAGGCCCUGAACGCCACCUCAGUGGAGCUGGGGCAGAGACAGCGGGGCUUGGAGCCAGCUGUCCGGGAGCGCCGGGAGCACCUCCUCACCCUGCUGCAGGAGCCUGUCUGCCAGGGCUGCGCAGAGGCUCUGCGCCAGGCCCACACCCUGGAGCUGGGAGCCGACUUCAGCCAGGUGCCUUCUGUGGAUAAUGUCCUGCGUCGUCUGCAGGGAGUCCCGAAAGCCAAUUUCUCCGACAUGGUAGAGGAGGAGAACAGCACCUUCAAUGCCCUUCCGCUCCUGGCCGCCUUGCAGACAGCUGACGCCGUCAGAGAGCUGAAGAAGGUGGUGAGCCAGCAGCCUGAGGGACUGAGGACACUGGCUGAAGGGUUUCCAGGCUGGGAUGGGGCCUCUCGCUGGAGCCACGCACUGGAGGAGCUGGAACAGAGCAGCCGCCCUUACCUGAAGGAGUUACAGAGAUAUGAGAAAUACAGGUGGAUUAUGGGCUGCGUGCUGUGCUCCGUGGUCCUUCUUGUGGUGGUCUGUAACUUGGUGGGCCUCAACCUCGGCAUCUGGGGACUGUCUGCCAGAGAGGACCCCAGCCACUCAGAAGCCAAGGGAGAGGCUGGAGCCCGCUUCCUCAUGGUGGGUGUGGCCAUCAGUUUCCUCUUUGCUGUACCCCUCAUUCUCCUGGUCUUCGCCACCUUCCUGGUGGGCGGCAACGUGCAGACCCUGGUGUGCCGGAGCUGGGAGAGCGGGGAGCUCUACAAGUUUGCAGACACCCCGGGGAAUUUGCCUCCAUCCAUGAACUUGACCCAACUUUUUGGUCUGAAGAACGUCAGCAUCUUACUGGCCUAUCAGCAGUGCAGGCAAGGGGCCGCACUCUGGAAGGUCCUACAGCUCAAUGACACCUAUGACCUGGAGAAGCACCUGGAUAUCAACCAGUACGCUGCCAAAUUGCAGCAGGAAGUGCAGAGCCUUAAAGUGAACGUGCAGAGUCUGGACCUGCUGAGCCCAGCUGCCCGCCAGGACCUGGAGGCCCUGAAAAGCAGUGGCAUUGAGAACAUCCACUACCCUGGCUUCUUUGCCCAGAUCCAGAAGCCUGUGGUGAAUACUGAUAUGAAGAAGCUGACCCAGGAGCUAAAAAGACUGGCCCAGGCCCAAGACAACUCUGUGCUACAGCAGCAGCUGCAGGACGAGGCGCAAAGGCUCAGAAACCUCUAUCAGGAGAAGGUCCUCCCCCAGCAGAACCUUGUGGCCAAGCUCAACCUCAGUGCACGGACCCUGGCAUCCUCUGCCCCAAAUCUCCAGGUGGAGACCUCAGGUAUCCUGGACAAGGUUUCUUACCUGAAAAGAGAGCUGCCUUCCUGGGCCAACCGUGUCCUGAGGAAUCAAAGCGAGUGUUUCCUGUCUCGGGAGAUGGGCUACUUCUCCCAGUAUGUGGCCUGGGUGAGAGAGCAGGUGACUCAGCGCAUCGCCACCUGCCAGCCCCUCUCUGGGGCUCUGGACAACGGCCGUGUGAUCCUGUGUGACAUGAUGGCUGAUCCCUGGAAUGCUUUCUGGUUCUGCCUGGCAUGGUGCACCUUUUUCCUGAUACCCAGCAUCAUCUUUGCUGUCAAGACCUCCAAAUACUUCCGUCCCAUACGGAAACGUCUCAGCUCCACCAGCUCAGAAGAGACUCAGCUCUUCCACAUCCCCCGGGUCACCUCCCUAAAGCUCUGAGAGCCCAGUGGCAGGGGUGUUUGCUGGCAGCCAGGCGCUGUGCAGGGCUGCCUGCUGCCUUCCCUGACUUGGAUUGGACCAGAGGACUUCUGUUGCUCUUGCUGCCAGAGCCCAGGCCAGCAUCCAGGCUUCAGUUGUCCCCCAAAUCACCACCUGACUCCAUUUUCCCCAUUUUUUUACCCCCUUUCUGCUCAGAACACCAUUCAUCCUUGCACAUUCAACUUCUGCUGAGCCCCAGAGCCCACAGGUUCCUCCCCGUGUCUAUCCCUCAUCCUCGCUGUGAUACAGCAGUCCCAGGGUCGGUCUGUUCCCCACCUUUUGGAAGCCGUCCCCUGCCUCCUGGGUGGGAAGGAGACUGCCCAGCCCCACUCUGCCGCCAUGGGCCCUCCCUGCUCCUGGCUCCACCCCUCCUCCCCAAGCCCCCUACUCACAUCUGGUGCACCCACUUGCCCCAGCUUCGCUUCUGCCACCUCCCCAGAUCAUUGCUCCUCCUCCAGGGAAGCCCUUUCCCCCAUAUCUCCUUUUUACCUUAUCCUGCUACCUUGCUGGUCCUCUAAGGAACCUCCUAUCUGACUGCACUGGUCAGGUAAAGUCACCAAGAGUCCGGAGACUCUACAGCCCAGAUCUGAACUGACCUCAGACUCUGCCUAUGGCCCUGGGGCCCCUCGGACUUGGACCCACCACAGGCCAUGACCUGUCUGAGGCCAAGGCCCUGGCCUGCACCUGCGUUAAAAUAGUGCUGCUGUGCCCAGCUCAUCCCUGAGCACUGGGCCCCUGGGAAGGGCCCUGGGCCUAAGCUGGGGCCCCUUCACCACCCUCCAGAAGAUAAUAUCGACAACCCCACCCAGCUUUCUUACGAGGGAUCUGGCGACCUCGGCAGGUUUUUGCACUCUGGCCCCUUCCCUUCUGCCUGAUUCAUGUGGCCUAAGGUCAUCCCUCAUUCACCCCUGUGUCCUCUGUGUCCUGGACCCUGAGUUCCAAAAACAGGGAAGAAGAAGAGGAAAGAGGAGAUGGACAGAACUCAGAUCCAUUAAAGUGUCC